AUGUCCAAGCGACAUCGUCUUGAUUUGGGUGACGAAUAUUUUUCCAAGAAGCGUUCUGAUGGCAGAGACCGGGACAGAGAUCGUGAUCGUGAGCGAGACCGCGAAGACCGCUCCAGAGAUAGAGACCGAGAUAGGGACAGGGACCGUGAUCGAGAGCGAGACUCCAAACCCCAGAUUACCCCCUCUAUAGGCACAGGCCCCAGUCUACCUGGCCUCAAGCAGAUGGCUGUGAAUCAGCAAAUAAAUCCUUUCACAAACUUGCCUCAUACUCCUCGUUACUAUGAGAUCCUAAAGAAGAGGCUUCAGCUGCCCGUGUGGGAAUACAAAGAAAGCUUCAAUGAUAUCAUCACACGUCAACAGAGCUUUGUCCUUGUGGGAGAAACGGGAUCUGGAAAAACCACUCAGAUUCCUCAGUGGUGUGUUGAUAUGGUGAGAGGCCAGCCUGGUCCCAAGAGGGCAGUUGCCUGUACACAACCCCGAAGAGUGGCUGCCAUGAGUGUGGCACAAAGAGUGGCUGAUGAAAUGGAUGUGAUGCUUGGACAGGAAGUGGGCUACUCUAUUCGAUUUGAAGAUUGUAGCUCUGCAAAGACUAUAUUGAAGUACAUGACAGAUGGUAUGUUACUCAGAGAAGCUAUGAAUGAUCCAUUGCUGGAACGUUAUGGUGUCAUUAUUUUGGACGAGGCUCACGAGAGAACCCUGGCAACAGACAUCUUGAUGGGUGUUCUUAAGGAGGUGGUACGUCAGAGAGCGGAUUUGAAGGUCAUUGUUAUGAGUGCAACGCUAGAUGCUGGCAAGUUCCAGGUGUACUUUGACAACUGUCCCCUGCUGACUAUUCCUGGCCGAACUCAUCCUGUAGAAAUAUUCUACACACCUGAGCCGGAGAGGGACUACCUCGAGGCAGCAAUUCGUACAGUCAUACAGAUUCACAUGUGUGAAGAAGACGAAGGAGAUUGUCUUCUAUUUCUCACUGGUCAAGAAGAAAUAGAUGAAGCCUGCAAACGGAUCAAGCGUGAGGUCGAUGAUCUAGGACCGGAAGUUGGGGAUAUUAAAAUCAUUCCACUGUAUUCUACGCUACCACCACAGCAGCAGCAACGGAUCUUUGAACCACCCCCUCCAAGGAAGCCUAAUGGUGCCAUUGGAAGAAAGGUCGUGGUUUCGACAAACAUUGCAGAGACUUCUCUGACAAUUGAUGGAGUAGUAUUUGUGAUAGACCCAGGUUUUGCCAAACAAAAGGUGUACAAUCCUAGAAUCAGAGUUGAAUCUCUGUUGGUCACAGCCAUCAGUAAAGCCUCUGCCCAGCAGAGGGCAGGAAGAGCUGGGAGAACCCGCCCAGGCAAAUGUUUUAGACUCUACACUGAAAAAGCCUAUAAAACGGAAAUGCAGGACAACACAUAUCCUGAGAUUCUUCGCUCUAACCUGGGGUCAGUUGUGCUGCAGCUGAAAAAGCUGGGUAUUGAUGAUCUUGUUCACUUUGACUUUAUGGAUCCUCCGGCUCCUGAAACUCUGAUGAGGGCGCUGGAGCUGCUGAAUUAUCUGGCUGCUCUUAACGACGAUGGAGACCUGACUGAGCUGGGCUCCAUGAUGGCGGAGUUUCCUUUAGACCCACAACUGGCAAAGAUGGUCAUUGCGAGCUGCGAGUUUAACUGCUCUAACGAGAUUCUGUCCAUCACUGCUAUGCUGUCAGUCCCACAGUGUUUUGUCCGCCCCACGGAGGCUAAGAAGGCUGCAGACGAGUCUAAGAUGAGAUUUGCUCACAUUGACGGAGACCAUCUGACAUUGCUCAACGUUUAUCAUGCAUUCAAACAAAACCACGAGGCAAACCAGUGGUGCUACGACAACUUUGUAAAUUACCGCUCGUUGAUGUCCGCUGACAACGUUCGACAACAGCUUUCUCGUAUCAUGGAUCGUUUCAACCUGCCUCGUCGAAGCACAGAGUUCACCAGCAGAGACUAUUACAUCAACAUCCGCAGAGCGCUCUGCACUGGCUUCUUCAUGCAGGUAGCUCAUUUGGAGCGAACUGGACAUUACCUCACUGUUAAAGACAACCAGGUUGUCCAAUUACACCCCUCCACAGUACUGGACCACAAGCCAGAGUGGGUGCUCUACAAUGAGUUUGUCCUCACUACCAAGAACUAUAUUCGCACUUGCACAGAUAUCAAGCCUGAAUGGUUGGUGAAGAUCGCCCCUCAGUACUACGAAAUGAGUAACUUUCCUCAAUGUGAGGCCAAACGACAACUGGAGAGAAUCAUUGCCAAACUAGAGUGCAAAGAGUAUUCUCAGUACUAA